AUGGUGGAAAACUCUACAGCGAGAGUAUACGUGACUACGAAAGAGAAAGAAAUGGAGAAAAUCGAGCGCCUGAAGAGGAGAACUGUCGAAUUGAGUUACGACGCGAGUUGGGUGGAGAACACCACCGACACACCAUUACCAGACUAUCUCGAACGAACUCUUAUGCUGGGUCCGAACUACAACGUCCCGAACCGAGAGAAAUUUCCGUACAUCGAAACUGUAGCGGCGAUCGACAAAGCGAUCAAAUACAAGGACAACGUAGACGAAAUUCGGGCAGAUGUGGCCACCGCGAUGUCAAACUUCCUCAAUUACAACAACCAACCGCGCCACCAUGAGCAUGAGUGGAUUGUCAAAGAUGUGGGAAGAAGUAGGAAGUUUCUGAAAGAAAACCCGUCCCUGUUGGUCACCAAGUCGGACAAAGGUAACCAAACCGUCAUCCUCUCGGCAAACGAGUAUGAGGAGAAAAUGGAGGAAAUGCUACAAGAUACCGACACCUACGAAAAGAUCUCCUUCGACCCAACAGCUAGAGUGUCCCGAAAAAUCAAAGCAAUCCUGGACGACUGGAAGGAGAACAGGUACAUUGACGCCCGCACCCACAGAAAGCUGAACGUAUCAAACUGCAACCCACCCCGCAUAUAUGGACUACCUAAAACUCACAAACCAGGUAGGCCGUUACGCCCGGUGGUAUCAACAGUGGGGUCCGCAACGUACCAAAUAGCCCAGUACUUGUCGAGCAUCCUCGGAAAAAUCGUUGGGAAAACGGAAAAUCAUGUCGUCAACAGCUUCAUCUUUGCCGCGGAGGUACCAGGAGCGCAGAUCAGCGAAGACGAAGUCAUGUUUUCGUUGGAUGUUACUUCGUUAUACACGAACGUGCCGGUUGACUACGCGAUAGAAUGUAUCAACCGACGAUGGAACGAAGUUGCAGCACACACACCGAUCGACCAGAACAGCUUCGUAGCAGCCGUCAAGCUUGUGUUGGGGUCCACCUUUUUUGUACACAGAGGAGUGUUCUACAAACAAAAUUUCGGCGUACCAAUGGGUUCCCCUCUAUCACCGGUUGUGGCAAAUCUAGUGAUGGAGAGGCUGGAACAGGAAAGCAUAUGCAAGCUGGAAGAAAAGCAGACACCGAUGAAGAUAUAUCGCCGCUACGUAGACGACUGCUUCUGUGUGGCUAAACGGAACUACAUCGACACCAUAGUAGCAACCUUCAAUGAGUUUCACGAGAAGCUGAAAUUCACCGUAGAAAAUGAGGAAGACAACAAACUUAAAUUUCUUGACAUGACGCUACAAAGAAGGGAUGGAGUAAUCGUGAAAAUUUGGACACCUAAACAGACGAACGAACGCUACUUGGACUACAACUCGGAAAGCCCGUUUCAACAUAAACGACGCCACCAACCUGUCUCAAGGUCGCACCGUGGCCAUCGCACAAAAGUCACACCGUAUAACCAGGCAGGAGACAUCCAUCCGACGAACCAUCACCACACACUCGUCAUUAUCCUCGCUUGGCCCAAUAAUUUACCCCUAAUUAUGUCCAAUUUGGUCCGGGUCUCGGUUGGACGAUUUCAAUCCGAUAAAACGAGACGUUCCGAAACUCAUCACGAACCAGGCGCGACGCGACGGCGGAGGAGACCACAAUUCCAAAUUCGAGUCCUUCAGAUCAACGGACGGAUCUACUCCCUGCGGCCACCACCACAGAUAUCCGCACUGUCAUCAUCUGUCGUCGCCGUCGUCGCAGUCGGUCGUGACUCGCAUUUCGAAUCGAUCGACAUCCAUUCGUCGUCCACUUAG